CACUGUAGCGGCGAUCGAAACUCUACCUGGCGGAGAUCUUUAUAAUUUUUCCUUAUUUCUUGAGAACAUACGUCAAAUUUGUUGCACUGUCUUCAUUUGUUGCACUAAAUUGAAUAAAUAAAAAAUAGUAAGAGUUUGGAAAUCGAAGAAGACUUGUUAUUUACAAGUUAUCGUAGCCGUCGCCGUAUCGAAUCCGAUAGGAAAUCGAGAGCCAAUUAAUAAGAAGAAGACGAGUUAUCAGCUGCUGUGUUUUUAGUUCCUCACGCAUCGCAAAACGAUUCGGAUAGAUCCAAACGUGAGCAAGAAGAGCCGGCAAAAUUAAUCAUGUCAGACUACGCAGAUUUGUGCUCGCCCCUUCCCAACAUAACGAGUGCAUCCGAUGUACCGAUCUGCCAGAAUCGUGAACAAGGCGUCGUCAACUUUUUGCAGAAUAUGUUGCCGUCGUCCGACUGCAAACAGAUUCCAGAUGAAUUGCGAAAAACAUUCAUAUUCAGUAAAUUCAAGAUAAAGCGCAAAAGGAAAACGGAUUGCAGAAGCACAUUUUUAUCCACUAGAAGAACGAAACAUGGUCCAUCCAUGUCUGCUUCUGACAUACUUUCUAAGAAGCAACUCAAAUACAGCGAGGUUUAUCCCCUAAAUCAAUUAUGGUUAGACUACAUGCGGGACCUGCUUGGCGUCACAUCGUUCGCCGGUAUACCAAAAAGCCCAGAGGAUUCGAACUGGGAAAGUGUUAAUCAACAGUUAAUGAGAGCUGAUUUUCAUGGUGCCAACAUUACGAUUCACAAAUCACGAUGCGCAAGUCUGGUGGGACUGACGGGCAUCAUCAUACAAGACACGAAGAGGACUUUCAAGAUUUGUGGAACGGACGAUUCCAUCAGGACGAUACCGAAGGAUCUGGUUAUCAUUUGUAUUCAUAUGGGCAAUGGCGUAACGCUGAAGGUAUAUGGGAAGCACUUGGCUGUAAGACCUGUGGAACGAGCUGUGAAAAAAUUUAGGACCGUAGGACUAACUCGACUGUGAUACUAGUGUAAGCAACAAAUUCUCUAAAAUCAAAUGAAAUACACAAAAUGUAUGCUAAAAAAAUAUAUAUAUAAAUAUAGAAAUAAACCGAUUUGCAGACGUAA